CCUGUCUUAAAUGUUAUUAGCACUGUUGUGCAGUUAUUCCUUGCAUUCAAUCUAGGCAAUAUUUUAGCCUAUGCGUCAAACUAUGGCCAAAAUCUAAAACUCGCGUGAACUUAAUUUCACUAACUUACUAAAUAAUCGACGGACUUAAUUUUGUAUACAUUAACAUCGACUAACAGGUGGCUAGUCGUUGCAUGUUUGUACCAAUCUCCUCCCUGUUGUCUCGGUAGACUGUCCAUUCUACUCCCUCUUUUGAAAAGGGGUUCGUCUCUUCUACAUAAUCGACGUGCAGUGCUACGUACCGACGUAAACACGUGUGGGUCCCUGGUUACAGGUUUCUGCUCAUUAUCCCUUCUCCACCAUCCCUCUUGCUCUUUCGCAUCAUUCCCCGACAACAGCAGCGAUGGCGGAACCCGUGGCAUCGGCGGCUAAAGACGCAGCAUCCCCAUCCCCGACUCCAGCCUUUUCCCCGGCAGCUAGCCCAGGAUCUGAGCCUCCUUCAAUGGCGCUCUCUCCUUCAGCAGGAGGUUCUGAACGACUCCUUUUCACCCACGACCUAGUCUCAGGUCGGCAUCGUGGGUCGCUGCGAUUUGGCCUUGUGGUAAUGAUACAUGGCGAGGAUGAUUUUGACUCCGAUUCAGACAUAGAUGUGGACAUAGCCGACGAUGGCGGAGGUAAAGGAGGUGGUGGCUGUGGGCUAUGUGGUGGCCCCGGUAACGCUGAUACAGAGAACGGUGCUGCGGACUCGCGGACACGGCUUCUGGGAAGAGGUUUCGUACGGGUGCAGUGGUAUCCAAAUGGAGUAAAGCAAGACGUUCAUGAAACCAAGCUCAAACUUGAAGAUCGAUCCAUCGUGCCUAGGGACUUUGUACGACGCUUGAAUUCCAAUGAUAAACAGUGUGGCAUAGUGACCAACAUUAACAUUGAGUGUGCAGUGAAACUAGUUGGAACCAACUGCGUCCUGUAUCCCGUCAGUAGUCGAGACUUGCAACACAUAUGGACGUUCAUGUAUGGGGACUACAUAGUCUAUGACUUCUGGUUGGGGAAAGUGUAUGACUUGAGCAACAACAUUAUCUUGAAGCUUUCCAACGGGGCAAGGUGUUCGAUGAGUGAGGAAGAUGGGUCCAAACUCUAUGACGUUUGUCCUCACGUCAGCGACAACGGGCUCUUCUUCGACGAGGCGUACGGGUUCUACCCAGGCCAAGUUUUGAUUGGUCCGUCGAAGGUUUUUGCUAACGUGCAGUGGCUCUAUGGUGUUAAGCCCGUGUUGAGCAAGAAGACCAAGUUCCGGGUGGUAGUGGAGGAGGUGCAGGUGGUUGAGCUGAAAGUGACAUGGAUCACCAAGAGCUACUCCCCCAAGGGCUCCGACAGCGUCUACCCCCCGCCCUCCACCAUCACUCAGGAGAACCUCUGCAAAGUGAAGCGGCUGGGUUACUACGACCACACGCAGAGGCAGCUGGGCGACCGGGCGCUCUACGUGUUCCCAUCCAAGGUGGACGCCACCCGCAUCACCUGCGAGGGGCCAGAGGGGACGCCAGUGCACCCAGAAGACCCCGUCUGCAGGAGGCUGAAGCGGAUUUUCAAGAAAGACCUGGGGAGGAAGACAACGGAGGGUGCAGAUUUGCAUGGCAACCGCCUUCAGUCAGGAGACAAACCUGACCACAUAGAGGGUGAAAAGCAAGAUGGGAUAGGGGAGGCCCCCUUAGUGCCCCGUUGCCCCAACAACGGUCCCGUAGAGCGACCCGACGGGGUCACGGACAAGGAGGUGGAGGCCGGGGAGGAUGGCCAGCUGGGAGACCUGGACACGGACGGCGAGGCGGACGACACGGACGACACGAGCUCCAUCACGUCCUCGGCCAGCUCCACGGCCUCGCUGCAGAGCAUGGGCGGCAUGCCCCCCAACCGCAAGAAGAGCAUCCCACUGUCCAUCCGCAACCUCAAGAGGAAGCACAAGAAGAAGAGGACCAAGUUCUCCCGCGAGUUCAAGCAAGGUGAUAGGGUGGCGGUGGAGGUCGUCUCCACGGUGACCUCGUCUGACGUCAUGUGGAAGGACGGCCGGCUGGAGGCGGGCAUCCGUUCCAAUGACCUCAUCCCCAUCCAGCACCUGGACAACCAUGAGUUCUGCCCAGGGGACUACGUCGUGGACAAGCGCUCUUCCGCUUCUCAAGACCCAGGGCUCUAUGGGGUCAUCCAGUCAGGCGAUCAUAAGGGCAGGACGUGUGGCGUCAAGUGGAUCAAACUCAACGCUGCGGGCGAUGACGUAGAGGUGAUUGGUGAAGAGGAGGAUGUCAGUGUUUAUGACAUCGCUGAUCAUCCAGACUUCCAUUUCCGCACCACGGAUAUUGUCAUCAGAAUAGUCAACCCUGACCAAGAGGACUGCGAAAAUGAUAGUACGUCAGUGGGUCACGUGUCGAGAGUGGACGUCAGCAGUAAGGUGGAGGUGGUUUGGGCUGACAACUCCAAAACUAUCGUACUGCCACAGCACUUGUAUAACGUGGAAUCGGAGGUGGAGGAGACGGACUACACCUCAGUGGAGGGCAGCAGCAGCGGCGCCUCCUCAGAGGAGUGGGAGGACGAGAGCGACAGCUGGGAGACCGUGGAGGAGGAGCAUAAGGAAGACCCGGCCCUCACUCCCACGGCCGCCGCCGCUCUCCCCGAAACCAUGCCCCUGACGCCGGUCAGCGGGGACGCCCCAGGGGCCAUCGCCGCCACCGCGACCCCCGACCCGUCGGCCUCUACGACGCCGGCCGCGGAGGAGAAGUCUGGGAAGGAGGGCACGGCCCGGGGCUUGAGAGAGCUGAAGGAGGCCCUGAAGAUCCUGGAGAGCCUGAAGAACAUGACCGUGGAGCAGCUGUGGACCGGCUCACCCACCUCCCCGACCUCGGCAGAGCCCUCAGCCACCACGACGACCGCCUCUGCCGCCGCCACCACGCCGGUGUCCGAGGGCACCAAGCCCACCAAGGAGAAGCGUUUCCUCGACGACAUCAAGAAGCUGCAGGAGAACCUGAAGAAGACGUUGGACGUCUGCGCCAUCGUGGAGGAGGCACGAAAAGAGGGCGCCGUCGAGGAGGAGAGGCCCGCCGCGACGACGACCGCCACCACCCAGCCGCAGGCGGAGCCGCAGACGCCCGUGCGCUCGGAGUGGCCCAGUGACACGCCGGUGCUGUGCCAGCAGAGUGGCGGCAAGCCUGGCGUCACCUUCACCAGUGCCAAGGGAGAGGUGUUCUCCGUGCUGGACGAGGCACCAGAGAGUCACACUUUUAAGAUAAUGGAGUUCCAGCCGGCCGAGGCCAAGAAGUUCUUCAGCACCGUGAGGAAGGAGAUGGCUCUGCUGGCCACCUCCCUGCCUGAUGGCAUCAUGGUCAAGACCUUCGAGGACCGCAUGGACCUGUUCGCUGCUCUGAUCAAGGGCCCCACACGCACACCCUACGAGGACGGUCUCUUCCUGUUCGACAUUCAGCUCCCCAACAUCUACCCGGCAGUGCCCCCCCUUUUUCGCUACCUGUCCCAGUGCAGUGGCCGUCUAAAUCCCAAUCUCUAUGACAACGGCAAGGUCUGCGUCAGCCUGCUGGGCACCUGGAUUGGCAAGGGCACGGAGAGAUGGACCAGCAAGUCUAGUCUGCUACAAGUGCUCAUCUCCAUCCAAGGUCUGAUCCUGGUUAAUGAACCUUACUACAACGAGGCUGGCUUCGACAGUGACAGGGGCCUGCAGGAAGGCUACGAGAACAGCCGCUGCUACAACGAGAUGGCGCUGAUCAAGAUGGUGCAGUCCAUGAGCACCAUGCUGCAGCACCCCGUGGAAGUCUUCCAGCAGGAGAUCCAGGAGCACUUCAGCUCCUGCGGCUGGCGCCUGGUGCACCGGAUCGAGUCCUGGCUGGAGCUGGACGGGGCCGUGGUGGAGCGCGGAGGCAAAGGGGCCGGAGGAGGAGGAGGAGGAGGAGGGGCGGGAGGUGGAGGAGGAGGUGGAGGAGGAGGCGGCGGCUUCCGCGACCGAGAGCCGCUGGAGGAGAUCCCCCAUGCACUGGCCCACAGCAGCCCCAGCAAGCAGGACCUGAAGGAAGAGGAUUUGGAGGACUCGGGCCUCAGCCCCUCAACUACCACGGGACCUGGGGGCUCGUCCGGGAGCACUUCCGCCCUGCAGCAGGACCUUAGCCAGAGCUCGGACGGUGAGGUCUUGGUGACCGGGAGCGCCAGUGGUGGGGCAGGUGAUGGGGUGGUGUUGACGCAGGGUUCGGGCGGUGCGUCGCAAGCCAGCGGCAAGGCAUCCCAGGAGUCUCAGCCCACGGUCAGACCAAAGAAGCGAAGAAAGAGCUACCGCAGCUUCCUUCCUGAGCGCAGUGGCUACCCGGACAUCGGCUUCCCACUAUUCCCCCUCUCCAAGGGCUUUGUGAAGAGCAUGUGUGGGGUGUUGCUGCAGUAUCGAGCCACCCUCAUCGCUGCUGGCAUCUGCGAGCACAGAGAGGACAAAUAAGACACUCAU